UGGAGGCUCUGUGGGAUCUAUCUUGGGGUGACUGGCGCGGGAAAAGUUGGGUCUACGCCUCUAACGAAAGUUAAAUGUCUCUACUUUCUGGUGCGAUUUCCUGUAAAGUGAUGAAAAAACGAAAGCGAAACAGACAGCGGCGCUUGAAGGCAGCGGACAAGAGGCGACAGAAGAAACUUGUAUUGACUGACAACAUGGGGACAACGUUCAGCUCUCGCUUUUAUCAAACUUUUAGGAUCCCCCAAGCGACGAGCAUACUGGACUAUCUCUGUCCCAACGUGAUACGGCGGCGCAUCCAAGUAGUCGUUGCCGCGGUGUUUGGAUUUGUUGGUUUUUUGGCGUUGCGGUUCAGGCGGAGAAAGCGCCCCGGACUCCUGGAUGAACCUGUGUCAGUCGACAACGACAGUAAUUCAGUGCCAACCACCGAAACAGAGGCCGAGGACGAGGAGCCAUCUGUGCCCCACCAUGGGUAUCAGCCUGUCCCGGGUCAGAGCGCCACUGGCUCCUGCAUCCCGGGGCCCCGCCGCCGACUCCAGCGAGAGGCCGGAGACUGAGGAAGAUGAUGAUGAUGAGGAGGAGUUGGACAGCAGUGAAUAUGUAGCUGACAACAGCGACGACUUUUACUGUGAGUAUGACUCGACUUGGGAGAGCUCGUCGCCAAGCCAUCCUCGUCGGGAUAAUCGUCGGAGAGUAUUCCGCAGUUACAAGUUUGACAGAUUCGAAAAUGCAGCAAAAGACAUGCAGAACUACAGACAUGAUUAUCCUCAGAAGAGUAGACUGAUCUGUUACCAGGGGUCUGGCAUGCCCAAUUUGGAGUUCUACCUUGGCAAGAGGCCCUCUUCUCCUGGUGUUGUCUUCAUAUAUGAAUUUCACACUCAGUGGUACCAGAAAUAUUACAAACUGGAGCAUGAGCAUACCUUCAUUCAGUGGCUGUUCCCUCUUCAAGAGAAAGGAGUAAACUAUCAAGCCAGUGAGCUGACAGAAGAGGAAAUCGAGGCUUUCUGUGCAAACAACACUGCAAAGAUGAAUCUGCUGGAGUCCUACAAGCUCAUGUUGGAUUUCUAUGGCAUCGAGUUGUGCAGUGUGGAAACAGGAGAGGUCAAGAGGGCACCCAACUGGAAGGAGAGAUUCUACAACCUUAACCACAACACUCACAACAACUUACGCAUCACCCGUAUCCUGAAGUGCCUGGGGACCCUGGGCUUCACUCACUACCAAGUCCCCCUAGUGCGCUUCUUCCUGGAGGAGACGCUCAUCCAUGGAGAACUUCCAAAUGUCAAGCAGAGCGCACUCAACUAUUUCAUGUUUGCUGUGCGCGAUAAGAAAAAGCGCAGGCGUCUUGUCAAGUUUGCCUAUAUGAACUAUGACUGUAAAGAUGAAUUUGUGUGGUGCCCAAAGAAGAUACAGAUGAUGUGGUCAAAAAAGACAGGGUUUCCAUAUUCCAGUCGGCCAAUGGGAAUAAUGACCCAGCAAGGCGAUGAUGGAACUUACCAUCAUGAUGUAAGGUCUCAAAACGUUUACCAUCAUGAUGGAAGUACUGCAAGAGUUACAUCUACAGCAGACCCUGAAAGUAGUCUGUACCAGAAAGAGUCCACUGUACCAGUCACCUCCCCUUGGUACAAACAGAGCACUAACCAGACAAACAGACAUGUGGAUAGUCCAGCAAAAGCUCAGUCUCCUGAUAGCCUCGCUGAUUUAGAUCAGCAAACCACUCCUGAUAGUCAUCUGGCAAACUCCUCACUGGAUUAUGGAAAUCAGAUGAGUGAUGACAGACACCACGGAGAAGCAGUCAAGAUAGAUAUACCUCUGAGUGAUGGAGGUGAUCUCACAGCAGAGGAAAAACCUUACAGUGAGGAAGAGCCCAUGGACAUCUGCUAGUAUUAAAUUAAUGCAAAUGAAGUACUCAGGGCAAAAGAGAUCACCAAAGAGGAUCAAGGUAACGAGUAGGGCCGUGAUGAUUAAUUGUCCACAGAUGCAGAGCCAGAUUAGAGGGCUGCAGUGGAUAUUCAGAGAAAACUACAUGGAUACUCCAAAGUGUCCAUAAAGUGGACAGAGUAGAAGCUUUAAAUUUCUUGCAUACACAGAGGUGUUUUACAGCUUUAGUACAUAUAAAUGCCCCACAGACUGAAUGGAACAUCAUGCAUUUUUUCAUGCAGAUGCUUGUCUGUUGCUAGAUGUCCAUGUUCAAGAUUUGUGGAUUUUUGGGUGGGAAUCUUUUUUACACUCAGAAGUUUGGUGGAAGAAAAAUGUGCAGUAUUGUGAUUUAGACAAAUACUUGUAUUCCUGUUUAGUAUUGGAAAACUGCUAUGGUUCUAUGGUUCUUGAUUUUAGGGUUACUCCUAACAUUUAUCAGUUUGAGUUUACAUAACUGAAGCAAUUGUACGUAAUUUCA